GCGGGCGCUGCCGGAAGCUGGGCGGGGCGCCCGCCGGGAUGCGGUGAAGGGCAGGCGGCGCGGCGGCGGCGAUGAGUGCCUCUGCGGCCACCGGGGUGUUCGUGCUGUCCCUCUCGGCCAUCCCGGUCACCUACGUCUUCAACCACCUGGCGGCCCAGCACGAUUCCUGGACAAUUGUGGGGGUUGCUGCCCUCAUCCUGCUCCUGGUCGUCCUGUUGGCUCGUGUCCUCGUCAAAAGAAAACCGCCCCGGGACCCACUGUUCUAUGGUUUGUGGAGAUAUAAUAGACAUAUAACAUGGUUGUACGCGGUUUUUGGAUUUACCAGUGUGGUGAACCUCAUCAUAGCACUGGAACAGGACGGAAUCAUCGACGGGUUCAUGACACACUACCUGAGAGAGGGUGAACCGUAUCUGAACACUGCAUAUGGGCACAUGAUCUGCUACUGGGAUGGCUCUGCUCACUACCUGAUGUAUCUGGUGAUGGUGGCAGCCAUAGCAUGGGAGGAAAGUUACAGAACCAUUGGCUUAUAUUGGGUUGGAUCUAUUAUUAUGAGCAUUGUUGUUUUUGUGCCUGGAAACAUUGUAGGAAAGUACGGAACACGCGUUUGCCCUGCUCUUUUCUUAAGCAUACCAUAUACUUGUCUUCCUGUCUGGGCUGGUUUCAGAAUCUAUAAUCAGCCAUCAGAAAAUUAUAAUUAUCCUUCAAAGGUUGUACAAGAAGUCCAAGCGAAGGACCUGCUGAGAAGACCGUUUGAUUUAAUGUUGGUUGUGUGUCUCCUCCUGGCAACUGGUUUUUGCCUGUUUAGAGGCUUGAUUGCUUUGGAUUGCCCAGCUGAGCUCUGCCGACUUUAUAUACAAUUUCAAGAGCCCUACCUAAAGGAUCCUGCUGCUUAUCCUAAAAUCCAGAUGCUGGCGUAUCUGUUCUAUUCUGUCCCUUACUUUGUGAUUGCACUGUAUGGCUUAGUGGUUCCCGGAUGCUCCUGGAUGCCUGACAUAACCCUGAUACAUGCUGGAGGUCUAGCUCAGGCUCAGUUUUCUCACAUCGGUGCUUCUCUUCAUGCUAGAACUGCUUAUGUCUACAGAGUCCCCGAAGAAGCGAAAAUCCUUUUUUUAGCAUUAAACAUAGCAUAUGGAGUUCUUCCUCAGCUCUUGGCCUAUCGCUGUAUCUACAAACCAGAGUUCUUCAUAAAAACAAAGGCAGAUGAAAAAGUUGAAUAAAAACAUUAUUUCAUGUUC